AUGUCCCACCAGAGUAUCGUCCACCUCUGCCUGGACGUCCCUGUCCAUGGCGUUUGUGUGCUGGGCACGAGCCUCAUCGUGGACAUCAGCGGGUGCGCCCCCAAGAACUGUGAGUCCUUCACGAUCAUCUGCUCCCCGAGGGUCCUGGUUGUCCUGAACAGCAAGGUGACCAGUGGGAAGGACAAAGCCAUCGUCUGGCACUCGCUGUCCAAGCCUGUGAGCGCACUGGUGAGGAUGGUGCUUCCCAGCUCUAACGUGGACGAGGACAAGGUGCUGGUGUCCUACUACCGUGCCAACGAGGAGGUCCCCUUGGCCACAGCAGUGCUGUACCUCACUGGCAUUGAGGUCUCCUUGCAGGCGGAUGUCUACCGUGACGGGCAGCAUGAGAUGCCAGUCAACAAGCAGACUAAGGAAAAGUGGGUCUGGGGCCCUUCUGGCUGGGGGGCCAUCCUGCUGGUGAACUGCAGCCCGGCUGAUGUGAGCCAGGACACCAAGACGGUGAUAUCAGAAGAUAUAAAGGACCUGUCCCAGAUGAUACUGAGUGUCCAAGGCCCCACCUGUGUCUUAAAGAACUACCAGCUGGUCCUCCACACCUCCGUGGAAGAAGCCGACAAGGCCAGAGUCUACUGGCCACAUGGAGACUCCUCUAACGCCUUUCAGAUUGUGCUGGGGCCUGGCCAUAACUCCUACACCUUUUCCCCCCUGGUGAACCUUGGGAAAGAGACCUUCUACGUGGAAGGAAUAGAGUUCCCAUCUGCCGACUUCUCAGGCCUGAUCUCCUUCUCCAUCUCCCUGAUUGAAGAUCCUCCAGCUCUGUCGAUUCCAGAGGCCCCGGUGUACAAGGACACCGUAGUGUUCCGGGUAGCUCCCUGCAUCUUUACCCCCAGCACCCAGAUGCCGCUAGAGGUGUACCUGUACAGAGACGUGAAGGUCCAGGGCUUUGUGGACACGGUGGUGGCGCUGAGCGAGAAGACUGACUGCCAGGUGGCGUCUGUGUACGAGGACCCCAGCCGCCAGGGCAGGUGGCUCCAGGAUGAGAUGGCCUUCUGCUACACUGAGACUCCUCACAAGAUGACGUCUUUUGUCCUCGACACCCCUCGGGCUGCCAAGCUUGAUGAGUUCCCCAUGAAAUAUGCACUGAGCCCUGGUGUUGGCUACAUAAUCCAAGACACCAAGGACCACACGGUGGCCAGCCUGGAUACCAUCGGGAACCUGAUGGUGUCCCCACCUGUCAAGGCCCAAGGCAAAGAGUACCCCUUGGGCAGAGUCCUCUUUGGCAGCAGCUUCUACCCCAGCACUGAGGGCCGGGCCAUGAGCAAGAGCCUCCGUGACUUCCUCUACGCGCAGCAGGUUCAGGCGCCCGUGGAGCUCUUCUCAGACUGGCUGAUGACCGGCCACGUGGACGAGUUCAUGUGUUUUGUCCCGGUGGAAGAUAAGGGCGAAGACGCAAAGGGCUUCCGGCUGCUCCUGGCCAGUCCCUGCGCCUGCUACAAGCUGUUCCGUGAGAAGCAGGAGGAGGGCCACGGGGAUGCGACUCUGUUUGAGGGUGUCAGCACUGACCUGCUGCACUCUAAUGGAAGGGAGGCCAAAACAAUCAACCAAUUUCUUGCUGAUGAAAGCUUGAGAAACCAGAACAACUAUGUAGAGAAGUGCAUUCACCUGAACCGUGCCAUCCUGAAGGAGAGGCUGGGCCUGCAGGAGGAGGACAUCAUCGACAUCCCCCAGCUCUUCUGCCUGGAGCAGCUGACCAAUGUCCCCUCAGACCAGCAGCCCCGCAAACUCUUUGCAAGGCCCUACUUCCCUGACGUGCUGCAAAUGAUCGUGAUGGGCAAGGAUCUGGGGAUCCCCAAGCCCUUUGGGCCACAAAUCAAGGGCACCUGUUGCCUGGAAGAAAAGAUCUGCCACUUACUGGAGCCCCUGGGCCUCUCGUGCACCUUCAUUGAUGACUUUGACUGCUACCUGACGGAUGUUGGGGAUUCUUGCGCCUGUACCAACAUCCGCCGGGUGCCCUUUGCCUUCAAGUGGUGGAAGAUGUUGCCUUAGCCCCGCUCCAGCACCAAUAGCCCAUUAUCACCAUGCAGUAACAUGAUUCCUGGGCCGAUAGUAGGGGUGGCUGGAGAGCUGACGCAAUGCUUCCCUUGCCCUGGUCACCCCUGUCCUCCAGAUCCAGCGGGGUGGUAAGUGCUACCAGCUCAAACCUCCUGGAACGGGCAGAUGGGAAAAUGAUCUCCAACUAUGUUUACUAAAGAGCCAAUAAAGCUCAGCU